AUGAAGAUGCAUUACACUAAGAUUUGGUUUGGGCUUUUUGCCAUCUUGGGAAGUUUGGGGGGUCGUGACUGUAGACCUGCUUCAGGCUCACUGGAAGCCAUGCAGUUAGGGGACUUCAUGCUUGGAGGACUCUUUCCAGUUCACCAAAGCUUCAAGAUCACCAACACGACAAGCAGUCCUAUUCAACACGUGUGUGAAAAGUUCACCGUAUCCAGGUUGAUCCAAUCUCUGGCGAUGAUUGAAGCGGUGGAGGCCAUCAACAAGCCCCCCAUGCUGAAAGAUCUCACAUUUGGCUACAAGAUCAUGGACACAUGCUCUGAUGUGACCACUGCACUGCAACACACCGAUAUCUUCAUGGAUAAAAAUUCUGGCCGCACUAAUUCAUUGUUUCAGGCUGUUAUAGGAGAGUACCAUUCCGAGGUUUCCAUCGCAGUGGCGAGGUAUCUCACCAUGGGUUAUAUGCCACAGAUCAGUUAUGGUUCAACAGCUGGGGUUUUGAGCGACAAAACCCGUUUUCCGACAUUCAGGAGGACUGUCCCGAAAGAUGACCACCAGGCUAAAGCAAUCACUGAAAUUUUGAGGUACCACAACUGGACCUGGAUUGGCAUAAUAGCCACUGACGGAGAUUACGGGCGCUACGCUGCAGACCAACUUGAGGCGCAUGCCAAUUCCAAAAAUAUAUAUGCGUCAUACCGAGUUGUGCUUCCUGAUUUUCUCAACGAUGAAAGCUUAGAUUCCAAACUCAAUGAAACUGUCAAAAAAAUCGAGAGCACCUCAAAAGUUCAAGUCAUUGUGUCUUUUGCCAAAUCUCACCACAUGGCUUGUUUGUUCGAGAAACUCACUCCCAACGCAUCUGGACGUUUCUGGAUCGCCGGUGAUAGGGACAGCUCUCACUUCAUAAGGUACCUAGAUAAUCUAGAUCUAAAUCCUGAUUCACAAUCAAACAACACCAUCCUGCAGCACUUCAUCAAAGGAGAGUUGAACAAAAGCAGAACCACCAAAGAAAUAAGAGAAACCCUGAAGAAAGCUGUAUGUCCUAGUGCAGUGUUUAGCGUAUGGUUGACUGUGAGGUUUGUCGCUAAUGCUGUUAAAGACAUCUGUUCUCGAAAAACCUGCCGUGGAGGCUUUGAUAUUCAACGCUCUGAGGCAAAUGCAGGUGAAUGUAUAGAUUGUCCAAAGAAUUUCUGGUCUAAAGAGAACGCCACCAUUUGCUCUCCCCAAACGCCAAUUUUCCUGUCCUGGAAACAUGAAUACUGUAUCACUAUUCUGGUGUUUGCUUGUCUUGGCCUCCUUUUGACACUGAUUGUGAUGCUGGUGUUCUUAGUCAGACAUGAUACCCCGGUGGUCCUCGCAGCAGGGGGUCCCAUCUCCAUCCUGAUCUUGCUGUCCCUGCUCGGGACGUUCACCAGCGCCAUCUUGUUUGGUGGGAAACCCACAUGCAUACAGUGUCAAAUCGGACAGGUGCUUUUUGGCCUGAGCUUCACCCUGUGCAUCUCCUGCAUCCUGGUCAGGUACUUUAAGGUUCUGCUGGCCUUCCAGAAUGAAUCCGCUGCCAAACGGGUCAUGAAGAAACUCUUCCUGCCCUACUGGAUCAUUGGCAUUUGUGUGCUUAUCCAGGGCAUCAUCUGUGGUCUCUGGUUGUGGUUGAAACCACCCAAGGUUUUAGAGGACUCAGUGAUCAGGUCUGAACUUAUCAUCCAGUGCGAUGAGGGGAGCCUGCUAUUCUUCGGACUCAUGCUGGCCUUCAUUAGCCUUCUGGCUCUGGUGUGCUUUGGAUUCGCCUUCCUGGGACGGAAGCUUCCCAAGUGCUAUAAUGAAGAGAAGUGCAUCAGCAUCAGCAUGCUCAUCUACAUUAUCAGUUGGGUGGUGUUUUGCCCCAUCUAUGCGAACAUGGUUCAAUUGAUCAAGUACAAAUCUACCGUUCAGAUGGUGGUGAUGCUCUUCUCUGCAUACGGGAUACUCAUCUGCCACUUCAUGCCUAAAUGUUACAUCAUCCUAUUGAAAAGCGAGAACAACACCAAAGAGUUUUUCAAAAGCGGCAUUCGGGAGUUCACCAGACGCUUCCGCAAAAGUUCACGAGUGGAUCGGCGUAGAGCUGGACCCGACCGGCCAGAAAGCGUAUUUACUAUUGACUCUGGAAUCGAGAACAUAAUAAAUAGGGUGUACUCAAAUCCCUACCCAACAGGCACUAUUUCCUCGUUUCACCUGUCCAUAGAAAAUCUGCCCCAUGAGGUCAAUGUGUCUGCAGAUUCCUUAUACGAAUUCUCAGUGUCCUCUGGAUCUUCAGCAGAGAUGAAUGAGGAAAACCAGCAACAACAGACUUUAAGCGGCUCCCAAAAACUCCUCCUAAAGAUUAAGAAUAACCGUACGGAGUUCAGGAGAACCUCAAGCGUCCCGAAUUUUUAA